UGUACAGGUAAUUCACUCAUUGUGGAGUGAGAAGAGCUAUCUACAUCUACCAGGCAGCAAGUCUUCCAUCGCCUCCACCAAGCACCUAUCUUCAAACUUGAAAAGAAAGGGAAAUGAAGCGUACUAAUUCAAGAGCUAUAGAAGAGAAUUAUUUCAGUGGAGAGCAUAAGAAUAUCACCACACUGAAAAAUGAGGCAAUCCUUAAAACAAAUGGGUACAUUUAUAAUCUCAUUCCACCACACCCAGAAGAACCUGAGUUUCACAUAUCCAAAGUGGUCCAUGUCACCAAAGGAUCUAAAAUUGAUGAAAUCUUGGAUUCAAAUGGAUUUAGGGGCGGGGAUAGGAGUCUCCUGUGGUGGAGCCUAGCCAUCGAGCAUGAUGAUAUCAGAGCUGCAGAAGACCGUUACCUGGAGAAUAUCUUCCCAGACAGAACACCAGGGCAGAGAGAGGCACAGAGAGAGAUAGGUUCCUUCCUGAAUCAGUUCACCACCUCACCUGCCUUUAGGCAGGCAUCGCGUUAUGGGAACUUCAGGUUCACUCUCAGUCUGUCUGAUCUCCUGAAGAUGUACGGAGAGCAGAUAUGUGGUGGAGAAAAGCCUGUCCUGAAAGUGUAUGAAACCACUGUCUACAAACAGGAGAUAAUGUACUCUGUGCUUGUUCACUCUCCAAGUGUGGAUGAGUUUGAGGAGUACCCAUUUCUUGGUGAUGGCAGUGAUGAUGCUGUCUGUGGUUACAGGGAAAACGAUGUAGAGGGGGAAGGAAAAGGACACAUUGUCUGGCGAGCACAAGCCAUGUCAGCAACACAAAAAGUUGGGUUAACCAUAAACAACAUGGACAAAAUAGUAGAAACAGAUGGUAAUGUUUACAAUCAAUGGUACAUGUGGGACCAUGUUACCCUGGCGCUCCACCUGCCAGAAGGCCUGCUCCUAAAUGUUGAUAGAGAGAAUCUGAUCAAAAACCUUACUGCUUGUGAGGCUGAUAAACCGUUUCUUGGGGAUCAUCACAUGUCCCUCUUAGAUGCUGAGACAAAAGUUCAGAACUUAAACAACUAACUCUGGAACUGAUUAACAAAAUCAGUCAGGCAGGUUACAUUAAAUGUUUAAGGAUAAUCAAUUAACAAACCAUAAAAACAUAUUAUGGUAUUUAACCAUUUUCCCCUUUUAAAUUUUUUUGCACUCAAAUGAACUGUUUAGGGGGGAAAUAUUUGUCUCAUUCAAUAUUUGUCCCACAAUUUAAAACACUUAUGCCAUAUUUGUAAAAGCACCAGAUGUCAGGGCUUUAUAUCACCCUAUGUCGUGUGACGAUUUAAAUCAUUUAAGCAUCUAUGCAGUUCUUAUGAAGAAAUGCUGAAUGCCUUAUAAAGCUUUUUUAUUGUUAUUUUUGUGGGACCAAAAUGAUGUUGUGUUAUGUAUUUUUAGGUUACUGUGUCAUAUUGGGGUCAUUUAUGGUCACUAAUAGAUUUAGUGUGAUGGGACUGCAGUGGCAGUAUUUACCACUCAUUCCCACUUUCCUCUGUACAUUUCUGCAUGAUGUAUGUAUAUUACAGCUUUUUGUUUACACUCUUUGAGUCUCUGUAUUGCUACAUAACGAUGAGUAUCAUGUAAUAUUUUCUCCAAUCUAAUUGAACACAAAAAGGAUGUUUUAAAUGAGAAGGUAGGGCUAAUCAAAUGAAAUGCAAGAUUUUAACUGUUCUAUUAACUGUUGUUUGUGUGCAAAGUUACACAUCAAAUCCACACUGUUUGCCUUUUUUGGGAAUAAAUUAUGUAAAU